CACAUCAUCACAACAUCACAUCACAGCAGUCCACCACGUGUUCUCCAUAGGCACGGAUAGCCAGGCGUUGCCACCGGCUCACAGGUACCCACACUUUCUUUACCGAAGUCGGCCGGUGGUGCGCGCUACCCGCGGCCAGACCGUCCACCGCGAGCAUUGUCUCUACUCCGGUAUUGGAGGUCAGCCGGUUUUGGGAACGACCUCUAAGAGUCUUACCGCGACCCCCGGCCCUGCUUGUGUCUGUGCCGCUCUAUGGGAGCGCCCCGGCGAGAGGGAGGGGCAGCAGGGGCUGCCGAGAUGGCCGUGCUUGGCGGAGAGACGGCGAGCUUGCUGGACGCCCCGGGCGAGCUUGCCGACCGGAACCCUUACUCGAGGGCUUUCGAGUUCGGCGGGGGAGCCGGACGGGGGUACACGGUGAUCGAAGACCGCAACGGGGGGGGACCCGAAGGCCCGCCAGAUUUACCUCUGAGCAACUUCCAAUCGUACCACGCACAGCCACCCGCAUCGAUACCGGAUCGUCACGCCUCGCUUCCACCGGAACGACAUCAGGGCACGAACAGCAACAACAGCAGCACUAGUACCAAAAACAAGAAGAGGACCAGAACGCGAUUUCCUUCCUUGACGCCGACGUUGUCACCGGCGCCUGGAACGUUCUCCGCGAACGGGGACACGCGAGCGGCGGAAGCGGUGGCGCAGGCGCGAAAGACGUGGGCGCCGCCGGCGCUCCGGACGGAGGCGAUCGCGUCGUACGGAGCGGUCCCUGACUUGGAGAUUAUUCCCGAAAACAUCGAAGUUAGUCGGUUUCAGAAGCGUCAGCGGGCCGGACGACCUUCGGAUCUUGGCUGCCCUUCGUGCGUGAUAAGUUGACGCUCGUCGCUCAGUGCAUCGGUCGAGCGAUGCCAGCAGUAGCGGUAGCGGUGUUGAUUGUUCGCCCCCCGAAAAGGUUGUCGCCGAAUAAUAGCAGCGGUUAUCCCAGGCGCUGUUGGUGUUGUUGAUUCUUCUGCCAUUGUUGAGGAUAUCGGUGUUAUAGUAUGGUGGCGGCGGAGUUCGAAAGGAACAUCAACCUGGGAACAACGCCCGUUCGGUCGUAUAAUUCGGCAACCGGCGCUUCGCUCAGCGCGGCCAACUUUUGUUGUUGAGUGAAGGCGGUGCCUGUUUCUGUUGGUCUCCUCAAGUGGAUUGAUUUACCCCCACCCUCACCACAAUCCGCCCCCCCCGGUGUUU